AUGGCAGCACAGAACCUUAGUAGCAUUGAUCCAAGCACGCUACCCAACCCCUUUAACCCGUUGGCGUUCCUGCCGCCUCAUGUGGCAUUUCAAGCGAGUUUCACGCUUUAUGUCGCGAUCUGCUGCCUGGCGGUCAUCAUUUGGGAUAUCCUACACACCAUUGCGGCAGAUUAUCAGCUCGCAUUUAAACAAAGGUUUACUAGGACAACCUUAGCCUACUUUCUGUCGAGAUAUUCAACGCUGGGCUACCUCAUUGGGAAGUGUAUCCAACUGACUGCUGAGCUCCCCAACUGCCAUAUCCUCGAGACCAUAAUGUGUGCAUUCUACACUCUCACGCAUGCCACUACUGGUCUUCUGCUCUACUUCCGCGUCUGCGCCGUGUACAACAACAACCUCUUCGUCCGCAUCUUUUUCGGGAUCACUUGGCUAGGCGUCAUUGGGUGCGCAUCGGUGACGUUCGGUGGACUCGUCGGAGAGCACAUUGGACCAACACAGUUCUGCACCUCACGGGUGACGAAGAAAUACAUCCCCACUCCCUGGCUGAUGGAUUUCGUCAAUGACACGUUGGUAUUUGUGGCGAUUAUGUGGAAGCUCAGCUCGGAUGUUGGUCAGCGGUUGGAUGAUACACACGCGCGCCCGAGGAUUGGAGUUAGCGCAGGCAAGGGCUCCAAGACAGGAAAUGGCUCUGCGGCCGGAAGGAGGUUUGACUGGCGUGCGAUGAAGCUGAUCAAUCGCCCAACAAGCUUGCAGCGCCUCACGGAUGUGUUCUUACAAGACAGCCAGGUCUUUUACCUGAUUGCGGUAGCCAUGAACUUCGCGACCAUCAUCACCUACUUCGUCAUCAACAACCCGCCUGACUCGCCCUUCCGCAUUAUGCUGGUCUUUCCUAACACCAUCAUCGUAAAUAUCAUGGCCUGCCGUGUGUACCGCAACAUGAAGCUUGGACGUCCGGGUCUCCUUCCGAGCUCAACCGGCCCGAGCCAGACCAGGCCAGAUGGCAGUGGCGCGAACAUGAACUUCAACGUCCCAAAUGGUACCCGAGGAGAGUUAGGCGCGGUGUAUCAUAUGGAAAACCUCCGUUCUAUGCCUGGAAAUGAAGGUACCAACGACAUAAUCAAUUCAAAGGGCGGGAUCACUAUCACCACGGAUGUCAGGACGUAUGCAGGUAUUGGAGAGGACGAUGCCCUGCACGAUCUCGAAAUGGGAAAGUAG